AGUUCUGGAGGCGUCUUUCUGCCCUGGGUGAUACUGGGGAUCCAUUGAACUGAGCAGCUUCAUGGCAUGGAGUAAUCGCUGACAGGCUUGGCUGAGUUCCUCUGCCAUUACACCCUUUGAGGAACGCCCUGUAGCCGGUUUCUCUGCUCUGAAUCAGCCUGCCAGGGUGCGCUCCACCCUCAUUCCAGAACAGAGACGUCGGAGACUCCCGGGCUGGAAGGACUCCCGCCGAGGCUGCCCCUUCCUCCUCCAUGUCCUUGCAUCAGGGGUUAGGGCACUCCUACCAGCAGCACCAGGCUCAUCAAUCCUGGUGAACCCCCCUGGAAUCCCACUUCUCCUGGGAGUGUCCUUGGAGUGGAAGGGUCUCUCCCGUGGGUGACUGAUACUUCCUGCUGUCUGGCCACUCCUCCCUCAUGCCGCUCGGACUAGGCCGCCGGAAGAAGGCCCCUCCACUGGUGGAGAAUGAGGAGGCUGAGCCCAUUCGUGGCAGCUUGGGUGGGGUGGAGGUGGGCAGUGGCGGCAGUGUGGCAGCCCUGCAGCCUGGCCUGCCACCGCCUCCUGCCAGCCUCCGCCCUCGACUGGUGUUCCACACUCAGCUGGCCCAUGGUAGCCCCACUGGCAGGAUCGAGGGCUUCACCAAUGUCAAGGAGCUGUACAGCAAAAUUGCAGAGGCUUUCAAGAUCCCGCCAGUUGAGGUGAUGUUCUGCACCUUAAACACCCACAAAGUGGACAUGGACAAGCUGUUGGGUGGCCAGAUCGGUCUGGAGGACUUCAUCUUUGCACACACAAAGGGCCAGAAGAAGGAGGUGGAGGUCUUCAAGUCUGAGGAGGCACUGGGCCUGACCAUCACUGACAAUGGAGCCGGCUAUGCUUUCAUUAAGAGGAUCAAAGAAGGGAGCGUCAUAGACCGGAUCCAGGUCAUCAAUGUGGGCGACAUGAUUGAGUCCAUCAACGGGCAGAGCCUCAUCGGCUGCCGGCACUACGAGGUUGCCAAGAUGCUCAAGGACCUGCCGAAAGGCCGCACCUUCACGCUGAAGCUAACAGAGCCCCGGAAGGCAUUCGAUAUGAUCAGCCAGCGGGCCGCAGGGGGCAAGCACAACAGUAGCUCCCAGCUGGGCACUGGCAGAGGGACCCUACGGCUGCGGGCCAAGGGACCGGCCACCGUGGAGGAGCAGCUGUCUGCGUUUGAGGAGAGGGCGAUUGAGAAGGUGGACGACCUGCUGGAGAGCUACAUGGGUAUCCGCGACACGGAGCUGGCUGCCACCAUGGUAGAGCUGGGGAAGGACAAGCGGAACCCCGACGAGUUCGCUGAGGCGCUGGAUGAGCGGCUGGGUGACUUCGCCUUCCCCGACGAGUUCGUCUUUGACGUGUGGGGCGCCAUUGGGGAUGCCAAGGUUGGACGCUACUAGACUCUGCAGGCCUGGCCUGCUCUGCCCACCCUGGAUCUGCUGUGCCCAUGGGCCCGGCUCUGUACCUGGCUCCAGCACUGCAAACACUCCAGCUCUGGCUCCUCGCCCCCUCCUCUCCACCCAGGACCCUGUGUGCACCUCUCUGUGGCCAGCCCUUCCUGACUGUACCUGGAGCCGCAUGGGAGCCAGGCUCUGGGCUCUUCUCUCAAUCCCCCCAGUGCUGGAGGCGGCGGAGGGGACAGCUGCUGGGCAUUAUGGAGCAAUAAGCUGAGCCAUCGUGUGCCCCUGGGGAAGGCUGCAGAGAGGUGGGGACUGGGCAGGCCCUUGGGGGUGCUCCCUCCCUAGUCCCAGGGGACAACGGGGGAGUGAGGGGGCCAGGAGCUGGACAGGAUUCCCAACUCCUGCGCUGCUCCCUGGGGUGGAGAUGGGUGUGUGUCCUGGGACCUGCAGGGCCUGGCACCCCUCUUCAGUCAUCAGGGUAACCUCCUGGCCACUGCUGGGGAGUCCCUCGACUGUACCUCUGCCUGGGCACAGCCUCCCGCCGGGCAGUAACCCCGGUGCCUUUAAACUAACCCCGGUGCCUGUGUUCCACGUGUGGGUGUUUGUGGGCAGACCCCCCACCCCAUGUCUGUAUGGUACAUCCACCCCGCUGCCUGUCAGCACCCAUCUAACCACUAACAGGAGCAAGGCUGCUGAUGGCAGAGUGCCCCCACCAGCCUGCUCACUCCUCCCCCAGGGUGUUCUGAGCUCGCCCCUGCCCUGCUGCUCUGUUGGUACUGUGCUGCCCUGUCCCUUCACCUGCGUUAAUCCUUCCUCCUCCCCAGGUGGAGCCCUGAGCUGGGAGGGGCUGGCAGGGGCUCUGGCCUGCAGUGGAGGCAGGCAGCAUGUGGGGCUGCAGCCCUGAGCAAUGCAUGAGACUGGGAGCUGCUGCUAACUCGGGGGGGGGGGAAGAAGGGCGCAGAGAAACAGCUCGCUGCCAUCCCCUCAUCCUGCUCCCCUUGUUACCCUCCGUGCCCCCACCCCCAGGGGAAAGGAAUCGACAGCCUGCAGUGCCCCCUGCUGGCAAAGGCCUGGCUGGGGUAGCUGGGAGCUUCCCCCAUGGCCAGAGUACCUGCCCCCUGUUACACCCCGUGCUGGCAGAAGUUCUCUGGUGCAUUCAGGCUGUCACAGCUGAGCACUAUUGCCCUGAGAUCCCUCCUCCACUUACUGCUGCCCGGAAGACUUCUUUGGGGGUGCAGUGGGCUCCUGCCCCACCUACCACAGAGGAAUAGCCCCAGGCUGGGUCCUGCUUCUUGGGUCUGCUCUCCCCACUGCAGGAAGGGUGCGCCAGCCCCAGCCCCACGUGGGGCAGCAGGAUUCCCCUGGAACAGCUCAGGAAUGACUGGGUGUCUCUUGUCACGUGUCUGUUGCUGAGGCUGGAGCCCUGCGCUCCCCUGGCUGUGCUGUUCACACCCCACAUUCACAGCAGCUGCUCUCUGCUCCCGGCCCGCAGGCAGCGGGUGAGUGGGACAGGGGAGUAUCCCUUAGCUCUCAGGCAGCCCCCACCCCUGCUGCUGUCCCCAGAGCAUCGCAGCCUUAGGGGGUGGUCAGAGGGUUAAAUCCACUCGUCUCCUCUCCUACCUCCUGCUAAAACUCACACCAACCGAUUAGGCCAGUCGGGCCUGUUCUAUUCACAGUCUCCCAGCCCACCUUCCCGUCCCACCCACCCCAUUUCCACUCUCCAUUCUUGGGGGGGGGGGGGUUUGAAUUGACUCCCCCCUGGGGCAGGUGCACCAGGCCCUUCAGGCUGUAUACGCCAAUGGGUCUUAUGGGGGGGUUUCCAGCUGAUCUGGGUUCCCCUCCCCCUGGACUCAGCCAGGCUCCCCUGCCUGCUUCACGCUGCUCUGACUUCCUGUGUAAAGAGAGUGUCACCCCCUAUUCUGCUGUGGGGGGGCAUCCUCCUCCCCCUUCGCCCCCAUGCUGCUGGAGGCCACAGCCCUAGUCCCUGGGCCAAGCCUCAGCGCUGACCCUGAUGUCCCAUCCCUAAUGCAGGUGGGUGGGUUAAUCAUCUCUCCUAGCAUCUACACUCUGUGAUGAAUUGCCCCUGGAGCCUGUGGGGGGAGUCCCCUCACCAGUCUGAGCCUGUCGUAACACUGUCCCCCACAUGCCCCUCCUAACCCCUCCCCCUCCCUCCUUAUUCUGAGGGAAUCCCCCACUGCACCCAUGGGGGGUGGGAGGGAGUUGACACACGCUGCUGCAUGGCUGGGGUCCCCUUGGGCUGGCUUGGAGUUUUUUGUGAUCCUUUUAAAGAAGCUGAAGGGGCUAGUGGCUGGAUCAGGACUCCUGGAUUUUACUGGCUCUGGGAGGUGUGUGUAUGGGGUGGGCCCUACGCAUUAGACCAGGGGCGUGAGAGACAGGACUCAUGGUUUUGUUCUCAGCUCUGCUACCACCUCUCGCCCUUGGGCAUCUCCCCUUCCCUCUCUGUCUUGUCUUUAUCUGUUCACUCUGGAUCGGACUGACCUACCUCGCAGGGCGGGCGUGAGGACGCGCAAUGUUUGUAAAGCUCCACGUGCUGCAAUAUUUAUAUCCCCUCCUGGCACUUGUCUUGGGCUGCAGGCUGGGAGCCCCAGGGUUGCUCCCUGUCCCCCAACUUCUUCAGUCACUCUCCAGCCCUCAGGCGCUUACUGUAUCCAUGACACUAAGCCCAGCACUGUGCUUGGCCCUGGGCCCGGGCCCUGGCUUGGAGGGGAGUGGGCAAAGCAAGGGGCUUGGAGGGGGUGGUUACAUUGUGAGGGGCUCCAGGCCCCCAGGGUGAGGAGUGACCUCCUGCUGAGCAGGGCUUGGUCAGAGUUGGGAGUCCCAGAGACCAAAGCCCCUGUGCCCCGCCCUCACUCUGUGAUGGAAAUGAGCUGUGACCCCCAAGCCGAACCCUGGUUCCCUGGGAGCUGCUGACAGGGGGCAGAUACCCCAUCCUCCCAGGCCCUAUUUUUGUAUUUUACCUGUAAAGCAUCUUUAACAUAAAAAUAUAUCGACUCUA